AUGGUGUCUCUAACACGAAGCUCCGACAACCUCGACCUCCUCCUCUAUGACGCCGCGGCCACACCUCUCAUCGAGCCUCCCGCACCCAGCAACGCCAGCCUCUCGGAAAUCCUCACGGAGCUCGCACACCUCAUCAACGAGCGUGAAGCCUCCAAACACACCACCGUCGAGGAUGACAACGAGGACGAGGUGCCCCAGUAUGAUCCUGCGGUGAUUGGCCAGCUCGAAACUAUCACGUCGGAAAUGCAGACUAUGAAUAACCGCCUGAGUAGAGCAAUAUGGCAGAUGGACAACGGCUUCGACGGCGUGGGUAUCAGAAUGACGAGAUUGAAUAAUAGGUUGUGCGCUAUUGAGAAUGGGCUCAAGAGCUUGAGGGAGGAGCCGGGAGGGAAAGUGCUGGAGAGGGCGGCGCUAGAGCACAACCGCCGCGCUAGAAUCCAUAACAGUCGUGUUAAAUCACAGGAGAAAUUAAUGCCCAUGCACACGCCUCGUAACGUUCCGGUACCAGGCUUUACCGCCGACACGCCUUACAAGUUGGCAAACGAGCAUCAAAAUCAGGACAAGAUAAUCGAGUGGCUCGACGCCCUUGAUCUGAGUACCGAGAGAAAGGGAUGCCACAUGCGGUUGACGGAGUUCGUAGGAGUGCCCUGGGACAGAGUUUUAGACAAUAUGGAAGUCUGGCCAAAGGUUGCUAGCUAG